AUGUCUUCAACCACUGCUAACGCAACUGCCGGCGGCGUCACUCAGCAGACGGCUUCCAACAAGGGAGACAUUCGUCUUGAUAAUUCCAAGACCCGUGACGUCCGUGCCUCUAACAUCAUUGCGGCCAAGGCAGUGGCUGACGCUGUGAGGACGAGUCUUGGGCCGAGGGGAAUGGAUAAGAUGAUCCAGGACGGCAGUGGGGAGGUGGUCAUCACCAACGAUGGUGCCACGAUCCUUAGAGAGAUGUCGGUGAUGCACCCUACUGCUAAGAUGCUUGUUGAGCUAUCCAAGAGCCAGGACAUUGAGGCUGGGGAUGGUACGACUUCUGUCGUUGUCAUUGCUGGUGCACUCCUCGGUGCUGCUCAAAAUCUACUGGGCCGUGGUAUUCAUCCUAAUACGAUUAGUGAUGGCUUCCUGUUGGCCGCGCACAAGGCUGAGGCAAUCCUUGAAGACAUGAGCAUCCCAAUCAGCUUGGAGGACAGGGACAGCCUCGUUACCAGUGCCAGCACUUCUCUCAAUUCAAAGGUCGUUGCUCAAUCAGCGAGCCUUCUUGCCCCAAUGGCCGUUGAUGCCGUAAGAGACUUCUCAUCUCUCCGUCAACAUCAGCAGACUGUUGAGAUGUGCAUGCGUUCACCCCAGGUACGUAUUUGCCGCAAGUUGGGUGGCACCAUUGACGACUCCGAGCUAGUCGAUGGUCUUGUGAUGAGCCAGAAGGUUGCCAAGGUUGCCGGAGGUCCUACUAAAAUUGAGAAGGCCAAGAUCGGCCUCAUCCAGUUCUGCCUGUCCCCUCCUAAGACGGAUAUGGAGAACAACGUUACUGUCAAUGACUAUGCCCAGAUGGACCGUAUCCUCAGAGAAGAGCGUGUCCAGCUCGCUAAGAUGGUCAAGCACAUUGCUAAGACCGGUUGCAACGUCCUAUUGGUCCAGAAAUCCAUCCUCCGUGAUGCCGUGACUAACCUCAGUCUGGACUUCUGUGCCAAGGCUAAGAUCCUAGUGGUCCGUGAUGUUGAGCGUGACGAUAUUGAUUUCUUAUCUCGUAUUUUGGGAUGUGAGCCUGUGGCCAGCCUACAGGAGUUCACUAAGGACAAGCUUGGUGAGGCUGAGCUGGUUCGUGAGGAGCCCUUGGGGUCCGGUCUUGGUACUGUUAUCCGCUUCACUGGUCUGCCCAAGCUGACCACAUCUAAGUGCGUAUCGAUUUUGUUAAGAGGCACCAACUCGCUGACCCUUGAUGAGGCCGAAAGGUCCCUUCACGAUGCCUUGUGUGUCGUACGUUCCCUUGUGAAGAAGCCUGCAGUCCUACCGGGCGGCGGUAGUGUUGAGAUGGAGCUCAGCGUCCGUCUGAGUCAGUGGACUAGACGUGAGUUGAAGGGCGUCGAGGCCUACUGCGUGCGAGCCUUUGCCGAGGCCCUUGAGAUCAUUCCCUACACACUCGCUGAGAAUGCUGGUCUGGCUCCAGUGGAGAUCGUUACUCAACUUCGUGCGGCCCAUGCUGAUGGCUCGAGGUUCGCUGGUAUUGACGUUAGAAAGGGCAAGAUAGAAAAGGACAUGGCUAAGAAUCUGAAGGUUCUACAGCCCCUGUUGGUUUCUCUAAGUGCCAUUCGUGGUGCCUCUGAGACGGUUAGGAUGAUCAUGAAGAUUGAUGACCUCGUCUACACCCGAUAGAUAUGGUCUGAUGAUAGUCCUGAUAAGAAGUAGCCGAUAACCAUCAUACACUCCUGUGGGCAUCUGUUUCCAUCUAUUGCUGACUAUAGACACUUGUGACCA